UUACAAACUCCGCUCGAGGAAAAAAAAAAAUUUUUGGUGGAAGAAUUCGCGUUCCUUUUUUUGCACGCUCGCCACAUUUGUUUGCGCCAGCUCUCACACUGCGGUCACUUGGGUUUCGGGCUGAGUCCUCGGCUUCGGUUUGGAGAAGGAGGUGUCGGCGUCUGACUUGAAUUUUUUGGGGGGCAGAGGAAAGCGUUGCGGUCUUUGUUCAUUCAUUUUGCCGGUCGGGUUCCUUUUGUUGGGCCAAAAAAAAAAAAGCAUGGGAGCACAAAUCUCCAAAACCGCCGGGCAGGAGGAAGCCGCGGUGGAAAAGCCCGCAGAAGGCGCGGCUGUUGCAGCGAAGGCUAACGGACAGGAAAAUGGCCAUGCCAAGACCAAUGGGGACGCCUCUCCUGCUACAGAGGAGGCCAACAAAGCUGAUGUGCAGGCCAACGGCAGCACUCCCACUGAGGAGGCACCAAAAGAAGAAGGUGAGAAAGUAGAGGCUGCCGAGGCCAAUGGAGAGAAGGAGACAAAUGGCGAAGCUUCUGCCAAGCCGGAGGAGGGCACUCCAUCAACCAGCGAGGAUGGCAAGCAGAAGAAAAAGCGUUUCUCCUUCAAGAAACCCUCCUUCAAGCUCAGUGGCUUCACCUUCAAGAAGACCAAGAAGGAGUCUGAGGAGGCAGCAGAGGAUGGAGCAGCAGCAGCAGUGGCGGCAGAACCAGCCGAGGGAGAGAAGGAGGCGUCAGAGGAGGCAGCUGCGGAGGAGACCAAGCCAGCUGAGGCUGGUGAGGAAGAAGCAAAGGAGGCAGCUGUAGCCGAGGAGCCAAAGGCUGAAGAGGAAGUGAAGGCAGAAGAAGAAGAAGGAGCAGCAGCAGCAGCAGGAGGAGAGGAGAAACCAGCUGAAGCUUCACCCACUGAACCAGAAACGGCAGCCAGUCCUGAGGCCACAGCCGCCGCCGCCGAGUAAUCCUGCUGAACAUGACACCGGAAUGAAGGAGACGAAGGAGCCUGUCUGAAGGAAUGAGAGGACUUGUCUAAAACCAGGGAUUUUUUUUUGUUUUGUUUUGUUGGUGUUUUGUUUACUAUUCUGAAAUCAUCCCAUCCAUAAUGACUGCAGUGUCCAUGGCAGUGAGGGAAAAGGAGGUGCUGCUUCUUCACUGCCCUUGGUGCUUGCAUUUGUGGUGUGGGUGAGUGUGAAAGUGUGAAUGUGGGUGUGAAUGUUUUUUUCUACAUGAAACCAUGACUGUGUUGACACGUUGCUGAAUUUGACCUAUUUAAUCUUAAGUAUUUGGUGCUGGGCAAUUGGAUGUAGCAGCUAAAGCUGUCUCUGCAAUAUUGGACACGUUGUGAAUCUUUUGAAAGGGACCACCCUGAACCAAGUCUUACAUGUUGUCUUUGCAGUGUACAGUUGUUUACAACUCUUUAAGCUCAACGCUCCUGUGGACACAACCAUCCCUGACUAAACUAGAUUUAGUUAACUGUGUAAACGAUAGAUGCUUAUCACUUUCUCAUUAGAUUCCACCAUUUCAAGACUCUGUAGUACUGCACGUUGUAUAGACUUUGAUAUUACUGGUUUUAUGACUGAGAUGUACCUAAAAUGACUGAAGUUUUUAACAGAUUACCCAUUGUAAAUGAAGUUUUUUCUUGUUUUUCACCAUUUGUAAGAUUGAAUAAAAUUGGGAGAUGUUUUAAGCAGAUUUUGCAUCAAGCUGUGAUGACUACAACACCACUCACGAACGAUCUUUGCUCAAACGCACAAACACCGAUGGGUCAGCGGGCACAAAACUUAAACCGCAUCUUUCUUUUGUACAGUACAUAACAAGGCUUCGCCUUAUUCAAUUUGAAAAUGUGACAUUGCCUGCCAGUUUGUUUUCUGUGAGCACUGACGAAUAAAGGAAUGAACUCUGAA